CAGCCUCAGUGCUUGCAUUCCGCCUCACAGCAGGAUUGCUUAAGCAAAAAAUACAUACAUACAUACAUAUAUAUAUAUAUAUGUGUAUAUAUAUAUAUAUAUAAAAAAAGAACAUAAAUCAUUUUUACAAGUACAGACAGGACUCUAUCAAUAAGAGUUUCGUGGAUUCAAAGGACUAUUUUGCUUUUAAGGAAUUACAAGCGCUGUUGGAUUUGUGAAGCUUUUUUUAAAGUUUUUUUUUUAAGGGGUUGAAAAAAUAAACAUAAACGUCGCUUUUUUUUCUUUUAAAGAGGAAAACAAAAUGGCUGAUGACGGCAAGCGAUAACAAGGACGAACGGAGCAUUCCCCUUUAAGAGAAAAACGGGUUAUCACAAUAUAUUUGUGUUUUAUAUAGCUUACAACAAUACAACGCAACACGGGUAAUGCGGUUACUGCCGCUUUUGAAGAAACGUAUAGAAAUAUCUAUAUAUAUAUAUAUUUUUGGAAACGAGAGGAAGACGAAAAUGGUAAAUCACUGAUGGGGUAUUCGAUUGCGUUUUUGAAAAAAAAAAAAAUCGGGUUUUGAGUCGAAAAUAGAUUUCCUCCCACCGUUAAAACCCAUUUGAUACGUUUUCAUUUGUAAAUAAUGUAUAUGUUUUUAAAUAUUUGAAAUCUCUCUAUAUAUGUGCAUGUAUAUUUGGGGUAAAUAUGUGAACGAAGCGUGUGUUUUUUUUGACUGCGCGAUUGACAUUCCUUUGUAGCGCUGAGAGGGUGGAGAGAAAAACAUAUCAAUUAAAUAUAUAAUAAAUGAUCUUCUACUUCCGAUCAAUAUAUUAUUUAUAUUUGUACCGAAAUGUAUGUAUUCAAACAUGUUGAAAAUAAUGCGAAAUGGCAGAGGCCUUGUGUCUAGUUGCGUUUUUAUUUGAUGUGUUAUUACCAAACCCUGUACUGUCGUUGCUGCUGGCAACCGAGCCUGUAAAUGUACGUUUAUACCUCGAAGCACAAUUUAAAAAUACAAUACGACAACAUUAGUGCUAAGCGAGUAUUGAAAUGUUUAGUGGUCAAACUUAACCUAAGAAAAUUGCCUAUUUCUUAAUAAAACACAGCUAAACAAAUACGACUGGUGUAUAAGCAGAUGUGUAUUUAAUACUGGUAAUGUAUAAUCACGAUGAUAAUACUGGGAAUUGUUAGACACAAUUGCAACUGUGUUGGUUGCCUGUCCAAUACGAAUAAUCAGUCAUAAUAUAAAUACAUAGUUGUGUGACGCCAGGCAGUACAUACAUUAACAAUUAUAGUUAAGAUCUCCCUAUUCGUUUGUGUCGAAUACAAACAUAUAUAUAGAUGCAUUACUCUUUUAAAGGGGACUGAGUUUGUUAUUCCAAAUAAGAUACUCCACUUUUUACAGAUCGCAUUUCAGUUUUAUUUACACGACUUGUUCAGUUGGAAAGAGGUGUUUUUUUUUUAAUGAUUAUUAUUAUUUUUUAAGGGCUUGGAUUUGAAAACUGGUCAGUUUUCUCCUAUUUACCCGGAGCCGUGUCUAUAAAGGAACAAAAAGAAACGAAAGUCCGUCGUUUCAUAUUCAUCUAUUUAUCUGUACACAAGCCGGCGGUAUACCAGUGCGCCGUCACAGCUUUUAGGAUUUCAAUCCAGAAUCUUCCAGGUUAGCUAUUGCAACACAGAAAGCCUUUUGGAUUUUGGGUACCCAUAAUUGCUCCUUCGACACUGAACCCUAAAUGUCUGAUGAAGGGACACUAAAAAGCACAACCACUAUUGUUGACAAGAAAGGCUUUUACGGUUGUUAGUUUAAAGCAUAUUUUUCUUUUUUUUUAAUUUAUUAUUAUCCAUAAUUUUGGAUAUAUACCGGUAUAUAUUAUAUAUAUAUAUAGAGGGAGAGAUUUCCAUGUAUUCAGAAGCGGCCUUCUUCGCUUGGUUUUAAUGGAAUUUUGUUUUAUUUGUUUUUAACCAUAAGGGACUUUUAUUCGUAGUGUGUGUUGUUUUUGUUGGUGGGGUUGGAGUUUUUAGUAAUCAUACCGCCUGUGUUUAAUCCUAAAGAGAAAGUACAGUUUUGGAAAUGUAUUAUUUAUAACCCCUCUAUGUUGGGUCUCUUUUAUAAUUUUUAUAUAUGUGUAUAAUAUAUAUAGUUUUUUCACUCACGUCUGUGAAGUGAAAACACAGCUACAACGGGACAGCGGAUUUGUUUUCAUUCUGUCUGUUUUGUUAUUCCACUCGAGUAAAGUAAAUCAUUAAUGCAAAAGACAACCAAAAACCCGAAUAAAAAGUUGAAAUGGCGGAAAACUGGAAAAACUGCUUCGAAGAAGAGCUGAUUUGCCCGAUCUGCCUGCACGUAUUUGUGGAACCGAUUCAGCUGCCUUGCAAACACAAUUUCUGCCGGGGCUGCAUCAGCGAGGCCUGGUCUAAAGACACUGGUAUGGUCCGCUGCCCCGAAUGCAACCACUCCUACAACCAGAAACCCACUUUGGAGAAAAACCUAAAACUGACAAACAUUGUGGAAAAAUUCAACGCCUUGAACGAGGAGAAAACCCCAACGGUUUUACAUUGCAUCUUCUGUAGGCGAGGGCCGCCUCUGCCGGCCCAGAAAGUUUGCCUCCGCUGUAACGCUCCGUGUUGCCAGUCUCACGUUCAGACGCACCUACAGCAGCCUUCUUCCAACCCAGGGCACUUGUUAGUGGAGGCCGAGGAUGUGCGGGCCUGGAGCUGCCCGCAGCACGACGCCUACAGGCUGUACCAUUGCGAAGCCGAGCAGGUGGCUGUUUGCCAGUACUGCUGCUUCUCUCGGUGUGGGGCGAACCACGGCCACUCCGUUUGCGACGUGGAGGUUCGCCGGAACGAUAUUCGGCAAAUGUUAAUGAAACAGCAGGACCGCGUAGAGGAGAGGGAGCAGGACAUCGAAGACCAGAUCUACAAGCUGGAGUCUGAUAAGAGGCUCGUGGAGGACAAGGUGCAGCAGCUGAAGGAGGAGGUGCGGCUGCAGUACCAGAAGAUGCAGCAGCUCCUGGAGGAGGACCUGGGGAAGACCCUGGAGAUCCUGGACAAGGCGCGCUCCAAAUUCUGCGAGGAGAACUCCUCUCAGGCCCUGCAGCUGAACGAGCGGCGCCAGGAGGCCAAGAAACUGCUGAGCUCUGUGCAGGUGGUAUUGGACAAGACUGAGGACAUCAACUUCAUGAAGAACACAAAGUCUGUGAAAAUCUUAAUGGAUAGAACCCAAACCUGCACAGGCAGUGGACUGCCUCCUCACAAAGUGGGUCACCUUAACUCCAAACUCUUCCUCUCUGAGAUCUCUAAAAAAGAGAAGAAUCUGCGCAAGAUGCUGGAAGCCCCCUUUAGUGCUCCAGCUCACUUCCUUCAGAGCAUUCCCACCUACCCUUGCAGCCUGAGCAGCUCUGGAGCGGAGAAACGCAAGCACUCCACAGCCUUCCCGGAAAACAGCAACUUCCUGGAGCCUCCUUCGGGGGCGGUGGGCAAGCAGUACCUGGGCCAGGGCUCCCCGUCGGGGGAGGGCCAGUCCACACAAGCCAUGGUGCCUUGCAGCUCCACGCAACACAUGGUGGGACUCAGCAGCAGCGGCGCCCAGGCCGUGCAUUCCAGCUCCGUGUUCCCCCCGCACUACCCCAGCGGGGGCUCCUCCCAGCAGCCAGUGCUCUCGCAGUACGGGGCGGGCCGCAAGAUACUGAUGUGCACGGUGGACAACUGCUACUGCUCCGGAGUGCCCUCUGUGUCAAACCACAGCGGCCACCCACCCUACCCGAGGUCCAGCUCCUUCCCCUGGACUGUGAGCUCCCAGGAGUACUCGCACCCCCUCCCGCCCGCCCCCGGGCUGUCCGUGCGCGACUGGAUCGACGCCUCGCAGACACACAGGCACCCCGACUUCUACGGGCUCUACGGCCAAUCUUCCACUAAACACUACGUCACCAGUUAACCAUAAAUAAAAAAUAGAUUCAAAAAAUAAAGAAGUAAAAGAUGACUUCAGCAUAGUGUGCAUCCAUGAGACUUACACGUGCCUCCUUUUCCAAAUCAAAUCAAAUCAAAUCAAAUCCCACUUCAGCAUAGUGUGCAUCCAUGAGACUUACACGUGCCUCCUUUUCCAAAUCAAAUCAAAUCAAAUCAAAUCCCACUUCAGCAUAGUGUGCAUCCAUGAGACUUACACGUGCCUCCUUUUCCAAAUCAAAUCAAAUCAAAUCAAAUCAAAUCAAAUCAAAUCCCACUUCAGCAUAGUGUGCAUCCAUGAGACUUACACGUGCCUCCUUUUCCAAAUCAAAUCAAAUCAAAUCCCACUUCAGCAUAGUGUGCAUCCAUGAGACUUACACGUGCCUCCUUUUCCAAAUCAAAUCAAAUCAAAUCCCACUUCAGCAUAGUGUGCAUCCAUGAGACUUACACGUGCCUCCUUUUCCAAAUCAAAUCAAAUCAAAUCAAAUCAAAUCAAAUCAAAUCAAAUCCCACUUCAGCAUAGUGUGCAUCCAUGAGACUUACACGUGCCUCCUUUUCCAAAUCAAAUCAAAUCAAAUCAAAUCCCACUUCAGCAUAGUGUGCAUCCAUGAGACUUACACGUGCCUCCUUUUCCAAAUCAAAUCAAAUCAAAUCAAAUCCCACUUCAGCAUAGUGUGCAUCCAUGAGACUUACACGUGCCUCCUUUUCCAAAUCAAAUCAAAUCAAAUCAAAUCAAAUCAAAUCAAAUCCCACUUCAGCAUAGUGUGCAUCCAUGAGACUUACACGUGCCUCCUUUUCCAAAUCAAAUCAAAUCAAAUCCCACUUCAGCAUAGUGUGCAUCCAUGAGACUUACACGUGCCUCCUUUUCCAAAUCAAAUCAAAUCAAAUCCCACUUCAGCAUAGUGUGCAUCCAUGAGACUUACACGUGCCUCCUUUUCCAAAUCAAAUCAAAUCAAAUCAAAUCAAAUCAAAUCCCACUUCAGCAUAGUGUGCAUCCAUGAGACUUACACGUGCCUCCUUUUCCAAAUCAAAUUCCACUUGUUUCCGUUGCUCUCGGUAGGGAUUUUCUUUGUAUGUUUUGAGCUACAGGAAAGGGGAAGGUUUUGUCAUCAUGGUUUUGGAUCAUUUUUAAUGGGUAUUUUUUCGUGUCAGCUGUCAGCAUUCCGGUUGACGUGUGUUUGCAGUUAUUUAUGGUGUUAUGGGUCCUGUUAGGGAGUUAGUCAUGGUGUCACCCGGCUGGUUCCAAUUGAGCCCUAACUGUAGCCCCACCCCCCCCAAAAGAUUCAUGUUAUUUGCAGUGGCCUAAUACAGUGAAGUCCAAUCUAAUCAUGUUUGAGUAAUGAAAAUGUAUUCUAAAUGUAUGUACGUUUUGUGACUGAUCAUCAAAGCAGAUAGCUAACGAGUAGUGUCAAUGUGCAGCAGUCCAAGUUGUCCCUUCCCCCCUUCCUCAUGCACGAGUUUGAAGAUUACAGGAGAGGAACCUUUUGUGUGCUGCACCUUAAUACUGCUGGUAAGUGCUCAUGCAUACUGUGAAAUAACUUGACUUAUUCAUCAGUCAUUAAUUAGAUUCAACUUCAUACGUUGGACAUGUUGGGCAGAAUCAAUGUUCAGAUACUGGUUUCUUAAUGCUGUACUUGCAACACAUACUUUAAAUUUAGAUUACAUCCAGAUAAAGACAAGGAUUAAUCCCAAAUCUGUUCACUGCAGCGACCCAUAGAGAAGGGCUGAAAACUCCCCUUCAACAGGAUUGCAUUCUGAAUCCAUGUGGUUUUUGGUUUGAUUGUGAAAAGGACUCUUCAACUGUUAACUUCAUGAACUCUUUCCCGUUUCAUGCUUUUAUUUUUUCGUAAGGUGAGCUCACAUGGAAAUGCAAACCUCAGUUGGAAUGAUGUGCUUUUGGAGUGAACAGGCAAGUCAUGAGGACUGCGAAAGCAGUGCCGCCGGGAAUGUUGAAAGCAGGAGACUUGCAGACCGCAUGGCCAGGAAGAUUGGUUCAGGGUCUGUGCUUGAUGCUGUUUUUAGUACUUCCUGCAGGUCAUUGUCACUUACUUGCUGCACCAAGCACUCCGCUGCUGUGACUAUGUGUUUGCAGGUGGAAGCACUCCGAGUGUGAACGGUUCAGAAAGAGAGAGAGUGUGUGUGUGUUGGGAUGGGUGGCUUAAAAAGGUAGACAUUUUUCAUACAUUUUUAUAUUAAAAAAUAAAAUAAUCAAAGGACUUUUGAUCUGCUUGACUGAUAUAAAUCAAAAUGCUCAAUGAACAUGUAUUUAAAGAAGAGAAAUGUUUGGUUGAGGGAGAAAAUGUGGCUUGUAUACAAUUUUUUUGUAAAUAUUUGUGAAAAGAUGGGAUGUAAUUUUGAAAAAAAAAAAACAAUUCAAAAUAAACAAUGUGGUUUUAAAAAGCAA